AUGGCAACCGAAUACGCCGACCGCGCAGCAGUCCUCAAAAGGGACUACCGGGCCCGCAAAGCCCAGAACAUCGACCCCGCACCAGGCCUCGACCGCGUCGUCUCUGACAACAUCGACCACGCCGUCCAAACCGCCGCCUUCCUCGACUUUCAGCUGGGCCGCAACAUGCACGUCGACGACGAAACCAAGAAGCUCAUAGUCGCAAGGGUGCGGUCAGGCAUCUCGAGAAAGGCGUACCAUCUGCUCAACCCCGUUCCGCGAACAGACCCAAUCUCGGUGCGGAUCGUGGACUUCUACCUGGAUCUGUGGGCCGGGUUUGCGAAUCUGGUUGCGGAUAUACGGCCGGCGAACUUUACGCCGAGGGUGAAGGAGGUGGAGACGUACUAUCGAAAGGUCAGAGAUGUGAAUAAUCACACCCUCAGUACCAUACAACGGCAGUUCGAGCUGGCGGAGUUUUUGGACAUGUUUUGCCCGGCCUAUAUAAUGUCAGAUGGGACCGCGAGUCGGCGCUUGGAGAGGAGGCUGAAGCCAAUGUGGGGGCUGAAUAAGCAACUAAUGGCUCAACCAAUGGAGGCCGAGCGGACGAAGAAGCGUGUUGAGGUGGUGGAGGCGAUGGGGAAGGAGCUGUAUGCGUAUUCCGUCAGUCUGUUGGCGCUGUGGAACCGUUAG